UUUAACACAUUCAGUAGCCGACUAGCUGUGGAGGAGAGUGAAUACUAAUCAAAAUAGUGAAAUGGUGAAUUAUCCUGUUAAUUCAUUUUAAACCAAGUUUUAGUUCUAACAAAUAAAAUGGGAAAGGAAAAGGGAAAAAGUGUUGGAGGUGGUGGGAAAACAGGAGGCGUAAAAACGAGUAAAAAGUUAAAAAUAAAAAAAUGCGCGGGAGUUGGGACAAAAUCCCGGAUGAGCAGUAAGGACACUGGGAAAAGUUUGUGUAAGGGGGGCAAGCGUAAACUAGAGGUGGCGGGGGCGGAGAAGAAGGUGGGAGGAAAGAAAAUAAAAGUGGAAAGUGAAGUAGAAAGUGAAACUACAAAUAUUAAGUAUAAAAAUCCAGAUACUAAGAAAACAACAAGGGGAGUACAUGACUCCAACAAAUCCGGGAAACUUUUAAGAAAAGUUGGGAAGAAGGAUAAAGAACCGGAAGUGAAACCGGAAGAAAAGAAGAUUAUGAAGAAGAAGAGGAAAAAGAUUGAUAAAGGUAUCCUGGCCCGAAGGAAACUUGAAAGGAUGAAGAAGGCGGGUUUCCUCUCCCCGCCUCCCCGCCGUUCUGCCGCCCUGAACGCCUCGGCUAUUAUGAAUUGUAUGAUGGAUAGCUGGCCGAAUCAUCAUCUCAAAAUUAAGGUGGAACCGCAGGACUCUGAACCCGAGGAUUACAUCCCAACUCACAAACAUAAAAUAGAGAUUGACACAAAACCUUCCACGUCAAAAUGCGCAGAGUCCAAACCCUUAACGGUAAAAUCUCUAGAUGCCAAAAUCUCAAAACUUUCCGAGGAAAAUUUACCCAAGGAGAAAAAAUUGUCCAAAUCCACGAAAAUUGUGAAUAAACCCAAAAAUAAAUCUACCGGUGAAAGAUCCCGUUCUAAAGAAAAUCCGGAAGAAAAGAAAAAGUCCGCGAAACUUAAAUCUGUGUCAAAGAAGUCGGCAGGUGAUUCCACAGAUUCAGACCUGGACAAGUCCCCGCGUGCCACCAAACCCAACCCGUCCGUACAAAAGUCUAAAAAGGAUCGAUUAACAAAGAAGAAGAAAGAGAAGAAAUCUAAUAAAGUAAAGGUUGAGAUGAAAGAUUUGAUUGUUGGACGAAGAAUGGCAAGCAUGAACGCUAGUGCCAUGAUGACCGCUACUUACGGAAAGGAAACGUUUAAGCGCACUGCUGAUCCUUUGAAAAUGGCAAUAGAAGCAAGCUUGCGCGAGGCGCGCGAGAGAGAAAUGCUGGUCAAACCGGCAACCAUAGAAACACAGGAAAACAACUUGAUAAAAUUCAGAUUUUGUUAUUUAUAUUUUUUUGAAAAUACAAAAGUGUUUUUCUAAAGAAAUAUGGCAUCA